AUGGACACCGAAGACUCCCUCUUGAGAAGCGACGACGUGGACCCAAGCCUGUGGGAUUCGCCCGUAAAGUCUUCCCGCGACCACCAGGAUCCUCCCAAAAGUUCGUCCAAGAGUGCGAAGUCUACACGGCCAACAUAUCAAGAACAGGAAGAACGCGAUGCGGCCCUGCGCAGAGAGUUGGAGAGUGUACGACAGGUCAACGAGACCAUUGAAGGACUGAUCCAGAGCCUUCAGAAGGCAAAGGACAACAUGCGGACCGUCAACAAUACUGUUGGUGCUGCAUCGACACUUCUGAAUACAUGGACUCGCAUAUUAUCACAGACAGAACACAACCAGCGCUUGAUACUGGACCCAUCAUGGCACGGCGCAAGUCAAGACAUCGCAGACAUCGAGGAAGAAGCCCUAGAAAAGCAGCGUGCCGCUGAAAGAAGGGACGCCGAAGAACAAGAGAGAAAACAAGCUGCCGCUAGACGUGCUGCUGAAGAAGAGAAGAGGAAGGCUGAUCUCGCUGCCAAACAGGCGAGGCCUACAUCAAGUCGUGGUGGCAGGAUCGGUGCUGGAGGCAGAGUACCGAGCGCAUCCUCUACUUCGUACGUUCAAAUGGGAGGCUCAACCAGCGGUGUCAAGCGCGGGACAUCGUCUACCAGAAGAACAACCUCCGGUAUAGGACGGGGAACAUCUGGAAGAGGCUCACGAGGGCGUGGUUGA